CCCCAGGCGCCCCUUCUGCGCUGGGCUUCCCCCGCCUUCCUUUUCUGUUUCACUCGGCUGCUCUCUCGCUUUCUGGAUUUUACCGGCUGUCCAGGAGACUGCUAGACACGCCAUGGGUGUCUGCGUCCCGGUGCGGCGAGUGCUCCGGGCCUGAGCGCACAGACUUUGUUCCGCGGCAGAAGGAUUCUCUGAUAUACUUCCUAUAGCAAGAAAAAGAAGCCAACAUGCAGGAAAAUGUGACACGUGCAGUGGUUUUCACCCUGCUACUUUGUCUCAACAUCAGACUUCUGAAUGGAGAGUCACCUCCCGGAAAACCUGUCAUCUUUAAAUGUAGUUCUCCUGAAAAAGAAACAUUCACAUGCUGGUGGAAGCCAGGAGCCAACGGAGGACUUCCCACCAACUAUACACUGACUUACUACAAGGAAGGAGAGGAUACCAUCUAUGAAUGUCCAGACUACAACACCAGUGGUCCCAACUCCUGUUAUUUUAGUAAAAAGUUCACCAGUCUGUGGUCAGUGUAUAUCAUAAGAGUAUACGCUACUAACAAGAUGGGAAUCAGUGCCUCGGAUGAACGUUUGGUAGAUGUGGCUUACAUAGUUGAGCCAAAUCCUCCUAAGAAUGUGACUUUGGAAAUACAACAGCCAGAAGACGGAAAACCAUAUCUAUGGAUAAAAUGGGUCCCACCUACCUUAGCUGACACAGCAUCUGGCUGGCUUUUACUACAGUAUGAAGUUCGAUUAAAACAUGAGAAAGCAGUUGAGUGGGAGAUAUAUUUUGCAGGGCAGCAGACAAAUUUUAAGGUUCUCAGCUUCUACCCAGGAUACAAAUACCUUGUCCAUGUUCGUUGUAAGCCAGAUCAUGGAUUGUGGAGUAAGUGGAGCGAAGAGCACUCCAUUGAAAUUCCUAGUGACCUCAACAUGAAUGACGAGACCACAUGGAUCUUUGUGGCCAUUCUCUCUGCUGUCAUCUGUUUGGUUAUGGUCUGGGCAGUGGCUUUCAAAGGUUACAGAAUGAUGACCUGCAUCCUUCCACCAGUUCCUGGGCCAAAAAUAAAAGGAUUUGAUACUCGUCUGCUAGAGACAGGCAAGACUGAAGAAUUCUUGACUGCCUUUGGAUGCCAAGGCUUUCCCCCCACUUCUGACUGUGAGGACUUGCUGGUGGAGUUUUUAGAAGUCAAUGACUCUGAGGACCAGCAGCUAAUGCCAUCUUUUUCAAAAAAAUACCCAGGUCAAGGUGUGAAAUUCCGACACCCAGAUCGCGACAAUGAUUCCGGCCACGGAAGCUGUGACAGCCCUUCCCUUUUGUCUGAAAAGUGUGGGGGACCCUGGGCCAAUCCUCGCACUUUCCAUAUUCCUAAAGUCAUUGAGAAGUUAGAAAAUCUGGAAGCAAACAUUACCUGCACCUGGGACCCCCUGAACAUAAGCACAGAAGGCAAAAUCUUUAACUUUCAUACCAACGGAUCCAGAUCAUCCACCUGGCCUUUGCCACAGCCUAGCCAGCACAAGCCCAGGUCUCCUUACCACAGCACUGCGGAAGUAUGUAAGCUGCCCAUGGGUCCCAAAGCUGCACUGGCCACUGUGUUAGACAAAUCAGUCAAAGAUGCUUUGAAAUUCUCUAAGUCCAUUGAGAUUGGAGGGGAAGAAAAAGCAGUCAAGAAGAUGGAGGUGGAAAGCUUCCCUGCUAAGACUGAGCAAGACACAGCAUGGCUGCUUCCCCAGGAAAAGACCCCCUUCAUCCCUGAGAAAACCCUGGAUUAUGUGGAGAUUCACAAGGUAAACAAAGAUGGAGCACUCUCAUUGACCCCAAAACAGAAAAACAGCAUUGACCAGACAGAGAAGCCACAGGCUUCAGAAAUUAGUAAAGAGUAUGUCAAGGUGGUCAGAGUUACAGAUAACAAUAUCCUGGUGCUAGUGCCAGAUCCACGAGCUCAAAACAAGGAGGCUCCACGGUCACUUCAGCAGAAUCAAGCUGAGAAAGACACGAGCUGCUUCACUGCGACACCAAGCAACUGCAGACUCCAUCUGGGCGGCUCGGAUUACCUGGAUCCUGCAAGCCUCACGCACUCCUUUCAUGGGCAGUUUGAGUAAUGAAACGACUGGUGAAAAUGCGGUUUUUCUUCGGGUAACACUACAGAGUUAUGAAAAAUGAUUUGCCAGCCAAUGUUCAAGAAUGUGGAUAGAAUAACACUACUUCACUCCUUUUCAUGCUCUGUGUUCCACCACUUGCCUCUUUUACAGCUGAUUUCCAGAACUAAUCAUUUUUUCUCCAUGAUUUGUAGAUUAACCUUUUGCUAUUAGUUAUAAAAAUGUAAGUGUUCAAUGAAAUAAAAGCACAUUGCUUAGUACUUUUGAGUGGCAUACCAAUAAGGUGUGUCCUCUGGGAGAGGCUGUCGUGGCUUGGUAUGUGUCAGAAGGAGAUGAAAAGACCAAAAUGGUUUUGCACAGGAAGGUGACAGAUGCACAGAAAAUGAAAACAUAUUCUGAAAACCAAUGGCCUAACUUUCACAUUACCCUUUUAUUUUACUAGGAUUAUCCAAAUAAAACACAUUUAAUGAAAAUGCAUUCCAGAAAAACUGAUAAAUUGUUUAUACAAAUUCCUGUACCUUACUAACACAUUGGUGAUAUGCAAGUAAAGUGACAAUGCUAGUUUUUUCUCAAAAUAGUUUGAAUGUGUCAAGAAUGGGUUUCUUCCCCUAAAUUUUAUUUCAUUCUAAAGUCUCUAGACAGUAUGGUUUUGGAAAGUAAAACUCUCUCACACAAGAGGCAAAUGAAGUUCAUGUACUGAACCCUUCUAGGAUGUUUUCCUGCUUCAUUUCAGCAGGACAGAUAAAUAUUUUAUACCCGAGUCUUAGAUUAGUGAAAAAAAAUUCCCAAAAGGAAAUCUUUAACUAAAAAAAAUCAUACAGGAUGCUAAUAGAAAUACUGCCUUACUGUAUAUAUGGAUUCUACUUUAAUACAAACCCAUAAGCUUAACAGUGUAUUUUUGAAGACUAUUUUUCUAUUGCUUAGAUAAAACAAAAGACUAUUUUCUAUUUUUCCCAGUACAACUCUUUAUGUGUUCAGUGGGUACAGUACUUGCUGCUAAGUUACAAUGAAUAUUCACAGUGCAUUUACAGUCCCUGUUUGUGGAGUAAAAUGCCACAGGAAAUAGAUGAUGAAAUUGUUUCCAACACAAGAGGAUAUAUGCUUUGAUUCUUUUUGUGUCCAGAGUAGUUUAAACAGCAACCACUACCACCAACCUAGGGUUUCAGGACUCUCUUCAGACCAGAGAUGAUUUAUCCUGUGACUUUUAGGGCUAUUUUAGGGCUUCAGCCUGUUAGCAAAUUCAUCUUCAUAAAGCUACCAUUUAAAAAAAAAGGAAGUAUGACUUUUAACAUCUAUGAGGUUUUGUUUUGUUUUUCUGAGAAUGCUUGGGCAGCAGCAGAAUUUUAAGAAAGACCAUGAGUUAGUAUGUCUCUGGAAUACACCUAUUUGCAGACUUUGGCAGAGGUAGGUACAAUACUCGUACCAGAAAUAUCCAAAUGUCAAGGACGCCAGACUUCUGUAGAACGAGGAUAUCUCCAAAGCCCAAGGUAUGGGAGUGAGGAUCUGUGUAUCAGUUCUAAGAACAGGCUCCUUGAGAAGAGUCAAAGCCUGGAUCUCCAUUUUAAUGGCAACAUCCAUUGCUUAUCUACUGUUUCAAAGACCUCCUUAUAUUUUUCAUUUCACCUCUUGACAAAUCCAUUCUUUUUAUUCACUGAUUGGACUUGAGUUCACCCUGAGAGUUAAAUAUCCAGCUCAAUAUUGAUAGGGACUGGACAGGAUUGAAAAUGAAUACUUUGCCAGUGCUUUCUGACUGCAAAAGUAAAAAUCUCAAACAGUACGAUAUAUAAACAUCUUGUGAGCGAAGGCAGCAUAAAGUUUGCCACUCUCAUUCAGUCACUAUAUCCUCAGUACUCAGUGUCUGAGAAGCAACUGUGCGGUGGUAUCACUGGCCAUUCUUUGAAAUUUUUUUUGGUAAAAUCUCAGGAUCCAGGCUGGACUUACAAAAUCAACAUCUGCAUUUAAGAUCUGGAUGAUUGCUGUGUACAUUGAAACCUGAGAAGCAUUGUCCUAACAUGACCAUUUCCACCAAAGAUUAUUUCAGUGCAUGCAAAGAGUCCUCAUUUGGAAAGCACAGAUCAAGUCUGUGAAACUUGCAAUGAGCAAUCCUGUCAGUAAGAAGACCAAGAGGAAAAAAAAAGAAAUCUAUUAGUGGUUUAAAAUGUACAUAAUGAUAUUUUAUUUAUAUGAAUAUUAUAAAAUUUAAAUAUCUAUAUACAUGUAUCUUAUAAUUUGAAAGUUUAAAGAUAAUCUGAUUUUGAAAUAUAAUUUUAUAUAUAAAGAAUAUUUUCACUGGAUAAAGAUUCAAACUAAAUCUCAAAAAAUCACCAAUUAAUACUCAUUAAAUAAAACCAAGUCUGCAAUUCUAUCAAUGUUAUGAUUAACUAGCACUCUCUGAGAUUUUUUAAUGGCCUAAAAUAUUUUAUAUUAAGAAGAUAGUUGUUUAUAUGCAAGAAUGCAUACCAGGGUUCAAGAGACUUAGAUUCUAGUCCUAAAUAUUUUACCUUGUAGAGACCAAUUCCCUUCUCUUGGUCUUAGUCUCCUCUGGAAAAAAAAAUAUUGGAAACAAUAAUCUCUAAGAACUUUUUAAACUACUACUUUUCAUUUCCAUGACUCAUUAAAUAUUUCCCUACAAAGAUAAUUUGAACCAAUGCCUGUACCAUAAUUAAGCUGCCACAUAAUUGAGUUAAUUGCUCACUAUGGAAAUACAAAGUAAUCAUCAAUGAUAUGUUCACCAUACUUUACAUUUUAAAUCAUCAACUCCAGUUGAUCUUAACCUAUUUCAUGCAUAUUUUAUAAGUUAUAUAGACAUGGAAUCACAUUCUAAGACUGUGUGCAAAUACACAUAUAGAGAUGAGAGGCCCAAAAGAAAUGGCCCAAGACAUACGGGAAGAUUCAGUGACUGUGGAACUGAUCUUUAAUGAAGCCAAUCUUGUUCAUUCUUCACAUAUUCGAGCAGCCUCAAAACUUUUUUUUUUUAACAUCUGACUAUUUAUCACAGUUUAUGAAUAACCAUUUCCCAAGUGGCUUAAGGAGUUUUAUGCUCUGACUUAUGAAGUCAUACUUUUAUAAACAAAGACUCGAUUGUUGAAGUUAUAAAGCACUGGAACCUGGGUACAGUCAAUGAAUGAUUUCUGGGAGCUUAUGAUUCAAAUAGCAAAACAUUAUCUGACCAGUUUUAAGAAAUGUGAAAAGGGCCCCCUAAUGUGAGCACAAGUUACUAUUAGCCACAUCACUGAUUUUUGUAGAUGUUAAAUUUUCCUAAGUGCCUAAGAUCAAUCCUAAUGGUCUGUUACGGACUAACGAUUCAAACUGAUUUAGUCUAAAGAGAUAGAUCCCUUGCUGCCUAUACAUGAUCAAAGAAGUUUCACUCCUUGCCCUAUGAUGAUCCAACUGAAUUGUGAAUUAAUGAGCAAACAGAGGCCCCAGAGGCACCUGAGUUCCAAGUAGCAGUUCACCUCCACAAGAAAACUGGCUUUCCCUUUUUUGACCUGACCUCUGCUGCCCAUUAUUCACAGAAAGGGUUGACCCUGCCUUUAGUAACUUCCUUAUCUCCCACCAGUCGACAAGAAAGAAACCAAUUUGUAUGUGUUUUAGAAAGUGCCUUUACUUUUUAAAAAAGUUUUCAUUUUGCAAGAAGAUUAUAUUGUGUGGAAAGUAGAAUAUAUCUAAUAUGAAUUUAUUUUAAAUGAAUUGAGAGAUGAAAAAUGAGAGGCCAGAAAGGGAAUGAUAAAAUGAUCUAAGGACUAACCAGCACAAUGUUUAAUGGUUUUUGUGUACUGUUUAAUUGUAUCAUCAUACAGCUAAUGUGAAUAGUGUAACUUAAUUUGUUUGAUAAGAAAUUGAGUCUGGCUAUGAUUUGAAGAUAAAUCUAUCAGCUUAUUAUUCUUGCUUCUCCAAUUAAAAACAUUGAUGCACUUUUAAAUGUCAUUGAAUUGCAUGCCAGUGCCUAAAAAAGACAAUUAUGCACUUAGAAAUUUUGCACACAGAUGGAAAAAUAUUAAUGACUGAACCAACAUUCCUAGUGUUGCUCACAUAGAUCUGCCAUUGAUAAAGUUUUGUGUGUUCUUCGGUGAGCAAACUUCCUUUUCUGCCCUUUGUACUCAAGCACAAUGUUGUUCUUAGUAAGACUAACUGACAACUCAGUGUUCAGCUCUAGAUCACUUUACCAUCACCAAACCGGCUAGACGACCUUGUUUAAGUUUUUAAAUCCUUGCCACCACUUAACUCAUUUGCUAAAUAAGUGAGUUGGCCAAAAAUGUUUCUAACAUUUCUAGCUCUGUCUUUAAUUCUCAUGAUCCAAGUAAUCCAAAAUUUUAGGUUAAAGGCCUGUAUCCUUUACUGACAUAUUCUUGAUCUAACCAGAGAAUUCCUAAGUCAGUGUAUCUACAAAAAUCCUUCGGAGAAAAACAUUCAUUUCUUAAAGUCCAAUAGAUUUAAUAUCUUUGUUUCUCCUUUUCCUUCCUAGUUUUACAUAUAUUGUAGGUUGUCCCUGCCUCUUUUCUCCUAAGGGUUAAAUAUGUGCAAUAGCAACCAUAGAUUCUGCCACACACAAAAUUGUUCAUAAAUAAUUACUUUGGUCCUGCAAAGAACUGGUCAAAUGUGAACUCAGCCAUGCAGAUAUCCAAGCCCAAACUGAGGGUGACAUGUACACACCAUUUAGAGAUUUGCCUGAGUAAUGAUUUGAGCCUAUAUUCAUUAUUUAGUUAAUUGAGGGCCAUCAAUAAAUCUUGUUGAGUAGAUACUAGAAGUCUUAGAGAAAAACAAAUAUAUAGAAUGAUUGCUUUAGAUUUUACAUUCUAACCAGAAACUGUGUAUAAUUGCAACCUAGAUUUAUUUUAUGGUUAGCAAAUACAUCAUCUGUAAAUCAAAUAGGAAUUCUCCCCAAACUUUUGUUUUUCAGGAAAGUAAUUUAUGGUAUAGGCAUAUUGGCAUCUAUUUCAAUUCAAGCAAAAAUAAAACAAGAAAAUAGAAUAUUUCCAAAGUUCUGGGCAUCUCAGGGUAAUAACAAAUGCCAAGACUAGCCACUACACAUACAUGUUAGUGAAAUGAAGAAUCUAUUAAUUUUCUGAGUUUAUAGCUAUAAAAUCUGAACAUGUAAUUAAUUCACACCAAAGGCUGGCAGCUAUUCUGUCUAUAUCAAUUCUUUUGAUUUAUACCCUAAAUUCAAUUUCAACAGCAUUGAAACACAUACAGUAGAAAGAUAUAACCUGUUUGUAUGAUGAGCCCAAUGACCAGAUGGACUCAAAGACAAACUUAGUGUAUUAAUCAGUUAACAUUUUACCUGCUGCUGUUUUAAAAACAGAAACAACUCUAAAAUCUUUGAGAAAUAAAGCAGUAAUAUUAGUAAUAAUCUUUGAUAGUUAUGGUCAAAUUAUGUGUCACCUGGAUAAACCUCAAAUACUGAGUAUUUUUGCACACAUUUAGCAAACCUUAAGGUAGGUUCUUUUUAUCAUAUUAUCUAAAACUGAAAAACUAUAUAGCAAAAUUUCCUCUGAAAAAUUAUUUGUUUUUAAAAAGUCCUGAAAAACAUGACAUUGAAAUGCCAAGCUUCCCUCUGAGUCGUAAUAACCUUCCUUCAGGUCUGCUUAUAGAACGAUAUUGCAUCUCAAGCUUUGACUCUUUUUCAGUGGCAUAUAUAUUUGUCACAUGACAUUACUGAUUUUUACCAUUAUUUUACAGCAUACUAUUUUGUGUUCAAAAAUACCACACAUCACAUUAAAAUAUAUAUUCCUCAUGAAACAUCAUGUAAUACAAAUGAAAAUUAUUAUUUAAUGACAUAACAUGCAUAUAUAAUUUCAGUAUGAUCGUGUCUAUGUCUAUAAAACAAAACUAAAAAUAUGUAAUAAUAUAUUUGUUGAAACUGUGAAUGUACUAAUUUUUUCUGUAAUCUGUCUAAAGUAGUAUAUGCAUUUGUACAGCUGAUCUGGGCACUGUGUUUAAAGUACAAUCUAACAACUACUUAAAUGUCAACUCCUCUACUUGGCUUCAUGUGACUACUGAGUCUUCAUGUGUGUUAUCUGAACAAUAAGAUUGGCUUUUGCACUUCAUUAUUCAUUGAAACAAUUUAAGAGUCUCACGUGGAAACCAAAGCAAUCUACACCCUGCCCACUGAGUGAUUUUGUCUCUUGCAAAGCCAUAUUGAAGUCUCUGCCAUAGUGCAAGGUUCCAUAUUUUCUAAGCUACCACUACCUCUGCUUUUUCAUUUUCCCUAGAAAAUGCCAAGCAAAACUUUCACAUUGAGUGGAAAACCAGAAGCGAUUGUUACAAUAUAUUCUUGGAGUAAUUUUUAUAGAGUACAUCUUCUAAUUCAGCACUUUGCAGAUUUUUGCUGUUUUCUGAGUAACCACCUUUUACACUGUUAUAUUUUAUUUAGAAACACUAGCUGAUGCGUAAAGUUCAGAAUGAGUACAUAGUCAUCAAAUAAAAAAAUCACAGAGUACAAGUUUAUUUCUUCUAAGUCACUUCACAGUGUUUGCCCAAAGCCAUGAUAACAUGUAUGAUUACUAAAAUACUCAACUCAGUGCCUAGUAAAUGUUUACCUGCCUUUCUCAUCUUUCCUUUAUUUUUUUUCUUACUUGAAAUGCAAAAGAGCAAAUUUACACGUAGAUUGCUAAAACAAUUUUCUAGAAGAGAAAAUAAUCAGGAAUACAAUUUAAUUUCUCUAAAAACCUUAAAAAGAAAUCUUUUUCCUUAUUUGCUUUAGCCAUCAAAUACACUAUGAUGUGGAAAACAUCAGCCAUUUAUCAGAAAUAAUCUCAGUUUAGUUUUUAAAAUUCAUUUCUAUAUUAUUGUCAUAAUGUCAUUUCUUUUUCCUUUUUAGCCUUAAAGAAUUACAGACUAUAGUCAUCUGGUUUGUUAUCUUGCAUUUUGCGUUGUAUAACUCUUUGAUUAUCGCACAUUAUGGUUCCUGUUUUCCAAGGACUGAUUCAUCUGUGUCCUUCUAUUUUAAAUGGACUGUUAAACCUUUGUCAGUACGAUGGGAGAUUAUGCUAACUGCUAUGCUUAUAUUUUCAUCUUUACUGCAUGCCAAAAACAAUGCUUGCCAAAUAAAAUCUUGGAUAUCCCAGUAUAACAUGAUUAUUAUAUUUCUACUUAUGUCAUUAUUCAAAAAACCCAGCUCAGUAUUUGGCUCAAUAAAUGUUUAUUUCUCUUGUGUA